GGUUCUACUCUGUUGUUCCCGCAAGUGGGGUUCAUUAUUUUCUUGUUCUAAGCUUUCAGUGAAAAGGGUAUUCUUAUAAGGUUUUCUAGCUUUCUGGGAUUUUUUUUACUUGGAUAAUGAAGUUGCUUUUGCAAAGGGUAUUCUACUUUGAUUUGAUAGCUAUCUGUGUUUUGGAUUUAGAAGAAUAUAUGGGGUGGUGGGUUUUAAGUGCACGCAAAUGAAUGUUUCUGACUGGUGUUGUUGCUGGUAGGGAAAGAAAAGCAAAAUCCUGUUCAGUUCAGGAGGGACAAUCUAGAGGCUUUGUGUUUUCUGGGUUUCUGGGAUGUAUCUUUCAAAGGGUUGCAGGUGUGAAGUUGUUCUCUUUUUGUGGUUUUCCUGCUAUUUUCUAUUGGCUGCUAGUCAGGUCACUGACCCCACAGAAGUUGAGGCAUUGAGAACCAUAAAGAGAAGUUUGAUUGAUAUUAAUGGAAAUUUGAGCAACUGGGAUCGUGGAGAUCCAUGUACAUCGAACUGGACAGGGGUUAUGUGCUCCAAUACAACAUUAGCCGAUGGCAAUCUACAUGUUCUACAAUUGCAACUGCUGAAUUUGAACCUGUCUGGAACUUUGGCACCAGAGAUCGGCAACUUGUCUUAUUUGGAAAUAGUGGACUUUAUGUGGAAUGACAUAACUGGGAGUAUACCAAAGGAGAUUGGCAAUAUCAAAACUCUGAAACUCUUGUAA